AUGUAUCCCAACAGACCAUGUAUCCCAACAGACCAUGUAUCCCAACAGACCAUGUAUCCCAACAGACCAUGUAUCCCAACAGACCAUGUAUCCCAACAGACCAUGUAUCCCAACAGACCAUGUAUCCCAACAGACCAUGUAUCCCAACAGACCAUGUAUCCCAACCGACCAUGUAUCCCAACAGACCAUGUAUCCCAACAGACCAUCUAUCCCAACAGACCAUGUAUCCCAACAGACCAUGUAUCCCAACAGACCAUGUAUCCCAACAGACCAUGUAUCCCAACAGACCACGUAUCCCAACAGACCACGUAUCCCAACAGACCACGUAUCCCAACAGACCACGUAUCCCAACAGACCACGUAUCCCAACAGACCACGUAUCCCAACAGACCACGUAUCCCAACAGACCACGUAUCCCAACAGACCACGUAUCCCAACAGACCAUGUAUCCCAACAGACCAUGUAUCCCAACAGACCAUGUAUCCCAACAGACCAUGUAUCCCAACAGACCAUGUAUCCCAACAGACCAUGUAUCCCAACAGACCAUUAUUCCUGA